AAUUGAUCAUUCUGUUUAUACCUGACUCAGAAAGCUUAGAUUUUGUUUUUGAAGGAUGACGUAAACAAAAAGUAAAAGUAUUCACUUGGAAAUUUUCAUCAUGGAGCGAUUACUUAAUUCUUUUCAAUUUUAAGGGUAAAUCGACCAAAUGUAAUGACCAAAUGUUUGCUGCUUAACCUUCUGAUUGAGAAUAUUUAUUAAAUUUGCGUAAUGCUUGCGUGAUCGGCAUCAGCAUUUCUUAAUGACAAAGUCCAAUCUCGACAAGAACCUAUCUGCUCUUCGCCAACAUUUUUGCUGAUUUGCUACCUAUUCUAUAGGUAUUUUGUUGCCAAUUUUUGAUAGACCGUCUCCUUUCUCUGAACAACCCUGUCUUUUUGACGCCUAAGAACACAUCAGAUUAAGUCUAAGGUAACUUAAAAUCAUUUUAGACUGCACAAGAGUUUUAGCCUGAAGGUCCUUUUUGGUGCAUGAUGAGUAUUAAACCAGAAGGUUUCUUUAGAUCUGCAAGGCUCAUGACUUUGAAAGCACUGUUUGCAUCACAAUUGGUAUUCAUUAUCUGAAUUUAUAAUGUUUCUGCCAAAAAUAUACAUCCAAAAUACUACAUAAAUCUUCCAACAUUAUCUCCCAAAAGACUAUAAACAUUAUCUUCCAAAAGACAUUUUGAUAAUCAAAUUUGCUACAAAUGUAAUGCAAUUUUUGCUUAAGGGUUGCUCAAACUACUUAAGUCAAGUAUAGACUAGGAGCCUAAUUCAUAGCAAAAUAGCAACAAUAUUAAGUGCCAUAGUAGGCUUCAAUUACUUAUAUGCCUGGAGAAAGUAAUGCUGGAUAAGAAUAUCCUUUGGAUUAUUUGAAUAUUGCUAUGAAAAGUUUGACAAUAAACUAUAUGUAGGAAUCUGACAAACUGAUCAUAUAAGCAAUCCAAUAUAAUGUAUAGCUCAAAUAUGAGAAGCCAAAAAUGCUUGCAUACUAUAUAGGGCCGAUGUAAUUUUUUCUGACGAAGGCUGCUGAGGCAAGAUAUUUGUUUAUUUAUAGUUUAAUUUUAAUGUUUUGGUUUUUCAUAUUGGAUUUAGUUAAUGCAUGAUAUUGGUUUCCCUCUUGUCAUUUUGUGGUGUUUCUACCUUUCAAAUACUUAGGAAGGCCUAAAGUAAAGAAAAACAAAUAGAAUCUUGCUUAAAUUUGAUAGUUAAAAAUGGUAGACACUCUCAGUUUCAAAAAUAGUUUUUGAGGUAGAAUAAUGUUUCAUUUGUUAGAUUUGAUUUAGAUUAGUUGUAUGUGUAUAUAUCUAUAUAUGUAUGUAUAGCUAGAAGCAAUAUCGAAUUAUAAUAAGGUUACAAACAAAAAACAAACAAAAAGCAAACAAUUUGUUAAUGUUAUGUAAUAAUGAUAUUACAAUUAAUUUCUCUACACUAGAAAGAUUUCUACAAUUAUUUUUGCUUUCAGUGUCAUACAAUAGGCAUUCUUAGUUUAUUACUUCUUAAAAGGAAACUUGAAAAUAUAAAUUUUAAUUUUAAAAUUAUUUAAUACAUUUUCUUGAUUGUGUUCAAUGUUCUGAUUUUGCUGGUGUGGUUUUCAUUUUUGUGCAAAUGUUUCUUCUAACUCUGUAAUUUUUCUGGGAUUCAGUGCCCGAAUUCUUUGCAUCUGUACAUGACUUGAACAUAAGUGAAAUGGUAAAAUCCAUCAACCAUCCGUCUGCUGCUGGUUUCAAUUGCUUUAUAUGUGGAUGUGUGUUUAAUAGCACUGACAAAGUUUAAAGGAACCAUGUAUCAGAACUUUGUGUUGUUAUUUGCACUGUUUUCAAAGUGCGAUUUAAAAUCCAACCAUUUUCUUAGCAGAACAAUGUGGCUGUAGGAUUGAAGCAAAUGAAUUUUGAUCUGUUUUAACAGUAAAAGGUUUGUGAAUGAGGCUUAAGUUGAUGAGUCACACAAUGAUGUCUUAAUAAGUUGGUUGUAAUGGUCAGUAUCCUCAGUUUACAAAAAAGUUUUGGAGAUUAAGAAGAUUGUCAACCGUGAAAAAAAACAAUGCUACACAAUGUCAAGGCUAAAGAAAUAUAAUUUUGGGUAGACCUCCAUUUGGCCAAAGGUAACCUUGCUGUUUUUUUUAUAAGAGCAAAGCAACCUAUGCCAAGGAUCAUGAAACUGACUUUAUGAGGGCCUUGCUGAAGAAGAAGCAAACAAGUGUCCUUGGCGAACAUUGAAUGAGACAAAAUGUCAAAAUAGUUUAGCAUGAAUUUACUAAUAGUACACUAUAAAAGUACAAAUCAGUGCAGAUAAGUACUUAUCAUUCUGCAAAAUUAAAUUUUUGCCUUGUUUACAAAGCAAAUGUAAAAUGUGAAAAGAUUAUGUUAGCAGAAUGACUUUCAACAAAACAAACUAAUUUUGUAGAACAUGGAACAAUUUAGAAACACACUUAUAAUCAACAUAACAUAAAGUAGAAAAAGCAAGGCAUCUCCAUGAUAGAACAUACUGCUUUUCAAUUAGGCCAUUCUCAAGCUUAAUUACUUAAUUACUUAAGCUUAUUAUAAUCACAUCUGAGCCAGUGGUAGAGUGCUUGCUAAAGAGCUAAUAGGUGGAGCAGGGGGUUUGAAAUGAAAGGAAAUUGUGCCUUCCUCUGUUUCUGUUUGUAUAUUUACUCUUGCACUCUAUUUUUCUAAUCUUGGCAAUUAAUAUAUUAUAAAAGCUCAUCUGCCAAAAUUUUGUUAGACGGGGCCUCCUAGCCCACCCAUCCACUCCAAUACUUGCAGCUUCCAUUUCAAAAGAGCAAGUGAAUGGUCCUGUUUUUUGAUCAGAUGUUUCGAUAAAUAGUUUAUAAUGUAUUUUUUUAUUUCUCUAUAAGUACCUGUUUAAAAGGUGGUUUCAAAGUGAAGCAAAAUUAUCAUUUGUUCAUUGUUGUAGUAUUAUUGCAAUGUUCAACGAGACAGGCCCAGGGCCUGUGCCACAGGGGGGUCAGGGGGCAAAAGCCACCCCACUUUUUUACUAAAUGCAAUAAUGAAAUAAGCUUAGAUAAACCUUUAGAUUACAACAAAUACAUUGACUGGGACCGCGCACCAGUCUAAAAAUGGAGGGGAUAAAUGGAUUUGACCAAAAUUUCUUGAGGCCACGCCCUCCAGAACGCCGGAAAACGCCCCUUUAAGAAAAUACUUUUUCAUUUCUACUCAAUUGUUAUAAACAGUCUGGUUCAGAGAAGUUAUCAAUAACUAUAAAAAUAGAUAAAAUUAGAUUGAGAGUAACAAAAUACCAAGCUAACCAAGCUAGAAAAUACAGCAUGUUAUUAAACAAGAUAAAACACCUAGAGAAUGAACAAAAAUGGUUCCCAGUCAAGAAGAAUUGCUACUACAUAAGAGUAAACUAUGCAAAGAUGCGUUAGAGUAAACCUUCCAAAGAAUUUGUAGCCUAUUAUUGCAAAAAAGUGGGAGGGGGGGCUAUAGCCCCUGCUAGCCCAAUGGCUGCGCGGUGCCUGAACAUUGAGCCAAAGUCCAGUAUUAAAACAGCUUCAGCAAAAGGAUUGGCAGCAUUGGGGCUAAAAGGGGAAGAGGAAACUUUCCUAACGUUGCUGGCUCCUCCAGUUUGAGGUCAGUGGCACGGGUCCUGAGGCCAAAAACCCUACUUCAUUAUCAAAAAGUGUAGGGAGCAUGGUAGCGGUGGAUCCGAAAUUAGUGCCGUCUUUCAAAGAAAAACGAAAGAAAAGCCUCGCUGUUAUCGCUCCCUCCCUUUUCUGAAGAAUGGCUUGCAAUCAAAGUCUUAUCAACUUUUGCACCAACGAUAAAUAAUUUCGGAAACAUGAUUUUAUUCUAAUUUUGCUGACAACUGCAAACAGAUGUUAUUACUAUUCAAGUCUUGUAGCGUUUCGUGAUAGCAAGGGCUCGCAAUCCCGCAUUCUAACAAGUAAAUACUGGAUAUUUGACCAAGUGUGGCACCGUUUGAAGAGGGAUUAAGCGUGACUUUGUGCGCUGUAUGUAUCAAUACAGCAGUAUUGUCUUUUUGCCAUAAGCAGUUGUUUCUAUGGACUAUGUCAACAUAUGGUUCUAGGAUUAAAGCUUUAUUUACAUUAAAGGAGAGUCUUGGUUGUUGUAAGAUUUGUGAAAAAAUAGCGAUUAAAGCUUUUGCCAGUUGUCUUCCUGCCUUGUCGAUCUGUUGACAAAUGAGUUUUUUGAUCAAGCACAUUCAGAAACAUAAUGAGAUCAAGCUACAUCAAAGUUAUGUAGAAAUAAGAUUUGUUGGAGGAUUUUUUGGACGGCGCUAAUACUCCAUUUGCAUGCAGAAUUUAGUGCACUAGUUGACUGCACGACGUGUCCACCUGCCUUGCACAAUAACCUCUUUCAUUUAAUCUCGACUUUGUAGCAUAGUCCGUGGCUCAAUCUAUGGAAACUUCUGAUAACAUUAAAUAUGCACGAGGCGUCGAGGUUGCCAGCCUAAGAAUUGUGGUGACAAGUGUCAAGGGAAACGCACUCCUGUGACUGGUUGAAAGAAACUUGAAGAUUUGUCAUGAAGAAGUAUCUUUUGCAAACGAUCUGAGAUGAAUGUCGCCUGUUUGACGAAUGUAGCGGAAUGAGAUUUGCCUUUGCUCAGCAGAGCAUAAAGAAAUACGAUCUGUCUUGUGGAGUGGCAAGACGCUGAUUUGAGCCUUAGUUAGAAGGAAAUGAAUGGCAAGGGCUCUUUUGUUCUCUGUGCCGCCGAACAUGGCGACCUAAAUGGUAUCAUCCAUGCAUUGGAAAAUGGAGAUGAUAUUGAAACCAGAGAUGCGAAUGGGCAAACACCGCUGCUUCUUGCUGCAGAGAAGGGGCACUUUGGUAUCGUUAGGGAGCUGAUACACCGAAACGCCAAUGUUAAUGCGAGAGACCAGGAUGGCUGGACGGCACUGAUCGCUGCAUGCAAAGGAGGCUACCCGGAUGUCGUUGCAACAUUGCUUCAUAAUGGUGCACGACACAACAUCGCAGAUAUGGGUGGAUGGACUCCUCUGGUGUGGGCCUCGUAUAAAGGACACAAUUCGGUUGUUAGGGAGCUCUUGAGAUAUGGUGCUGAUCCCAAUGAAAGGGGCCAGCACAACAUGACUGCACUGAUUUGGGCAGCAGGAAGAGGCCACACCAACGUUGUACGGGAGCUUCUUGAGUCUGGGGCUAGAGCUGAAAUCGCAGACAAGUAUGGAACCACUGCUUUGAUUUGGGCCUGCAGAAAGGGACAUUUUGAAGUUGCAGAUCUUUUAAUUUCAAAAGGAGCCAAUGUCAACAGUGUUGGGACGCAUGGUUGGACCCCACUGAUCAUGUCUGGCAAAGGUGGAUUUGUUGAUGUGGUGAAUCUCUUGCUAGAAAGCAGAGCAAACGUGAACCUAGUCGAUCAGGACGGAAGAUCCGCUCUUACAUGGGCUUCCAAAUGUGGCCACGAGGCAACAGUUCGCGCAUUACUGAAUCAUGGUGUUUACCUCAAUAUGCCGGAUAAGCAUGGAGACACUCCGUUGAUAAUUGCUGCCAGGGAAGGACAUCCUGACGUCAUCAAGGCUCUAUUGUCAAAAUAUGCUGAUCUUGAGCUGACUGAUUCGGAGGGCAAGACUGCAUUGUACAAAGCCGUUGAAAAGGGACAUGUUGAUUGUGUGCGCGAGCUUCUAGUCGCUGGAGCCAAUACAGAGACUACAAACAAGGAUGGGGAGACGCCUUUGAUAAGAGGCGCGAAGAAGAAACACACUCUUUGUGUAAAAUUAUUGUUGGAGAAUGGAGCCAACCCGGCUGCUGUUGAUAAGAAAGGCGACACCGCGCUUCAUAUAUCAGUUCGACUCAAGUAUGCAGGACUUUGUGAAGUUUUAUUGAGAGAUCAGAAAAAUUCUCGUCUGCUCUACAAGCCAAAUAAAGCUGGGGACACGCCUUAUAGCAUUGAUCGUGCUAACAAACAAAGUGUGCUGUCUCCAAUAUUUGGAAACAGAGAUUUAAGUGCUGAUAUCAGUAGAAUGGAACUGCCCUCUGGCCAGGAUAAAUUCGUAAUGGCGUUGGCAGAUUUCAUCAGCGAUCCUUCACUUUCUACUCCACUUACUGUUGGCCUAUUUUCAAGAUGGGGAACUGGCAAAUCAGUCAUCUUGCAAAGAAUUUAUGAGCAACUGAAAGCGUAUGCAUUUCAAGAAGCGAUCGUUCUAUUUCGCAUCACUAGCGGUGUUUUACUUACCACCGUCUGCAUUACAAUUACGAUUGGACUUAUAACCUGGGCUGUGUCCACGUGGGUGGAAGGACUUUUGUCGGCUCUUGCAACAUUCGUUGUUUUGAUGGCGCUUAUCAUUCUUGGCCGCAGCUCGCAUAGAUCGCACGCAGGCAAUUCUAACCGCUGCGGACUAAAGCUACUCCAACUAUUCGAGCGUGCGGUACUCUUCUUCAGACUGGUAUUCUGUGUGCCUCCUAGCAUCGAAUCCGUGCGGCCAAUGUUGCCAAUACAUUUCAUUUUUGUUGACUUGACAAAAUCAACUAUUUUUGGCGACAAUCCAUUAACAGCGCUUGUUAAUUUAGCUCGAGAGCUUAAUGAUGCUGUUGAAAAGGAUUAUGGUGUAUUUGUGACAAGACUUUAUCGAGUUUUUCGCUCCGGGCCAUAUCGUGCAAGGCAAAUAUCACACUUGAAUCUAAAAUCUCGUUGGAAAACAUCUUGUUGCUGUUUACCGUCCGUGUUCUUCACGAUUUUGGUGCUUUUUGCAUUAUGGGUCGGGUUGUUUUGCCUUGCUAUAUUUAAGAAAAGCUCGGAUCGAACAAUUCUUGGAAUCGAGAUCGGGAGUGCUUGCGUCAUUGGUCUAGCAUUUAUUUAUAGCAUCCCUCGGCUCUGCGUCAUCAUUUAUUGUUUGGUAUUAUCAAUGAAAAAGCGCAUCAUGAUUGUGGCAUCGCAACCAGGCAUCAGAGACGAGACGUUUCUGCAUGUUUUGAAGCAGGAAAUCGACUUGCAAGCCGACAUGUUAGAAUGUCUAGAUGGAUUUACGAGACGUCAAACACGGGUUGUGUUGUUUAUAGAUCUUCUAGAAUCUUUAGAGCAGCAGAAGGUGCUUCAUUUCGUCAAUUCCAUCAAUGCUUUACUAUCUGAAACUGGUCAUCCAUUUCUGUCCUUGAUCAGUGUCGAUCCAAGGCUUUUACUAAAAGCCAUCGAUCAGAAUCUUCAGCUACUUCAGGACUCUCAUAUUUCCCCUUACGACUAUUUCAAGAACACAGUCGAUUUGCCAUGCUAUUUCUCAGACCAGUCAAAAACACCCACCACUGGAUUUCUGCCUAAAGAUGCUAUUGCUGCGGUUUCCGGAUUAUCUGACAACGCAGAACAAUUUGAAGCUAAUCAAGACCUGGAAUGGGGCGCGGGAAUGAUUGAAGACGACGAAGACGAGGACGACGACAGUCUACGGGCUGGCUGCAAUGGCAAGGUUCCCCUGAUUGAGAACAGGCCGUCCACCGCGCGUCGGCUCUCGAACGUCAGUUCGAAUUACUCUGAUGACCAUAGAGACAGAGAUAUUGAACAUAAUGGGAAUAUCCACUAUGAAGAGAAAGAUAACGUAUCUACCGACUUAUCAAAGUUUUUACAGGACAAUGAAAGCGGAUCGUUAGCUGAUGUUAAAAGAAUUAUGAAUAUAGUAUCGCUUACAGGACGCCUUUUGCACGCGCGAAACAUUCCGUUUCGCUGGAGAACAUUGGCUUCAUGGGUGAGCCUUGCGGAUGCAUGGCCUUAUAAAAUAAGUUGGUUGAUACUUUUAGCAGAGGACAACUCUCUUAAUCUGAAGCCCGAAUUGUCAUUGAGAAAACUUUACAGUGUUGCGGGGGCGUUUAUGCCGGUUCUUGGUGAGCCGGAUAUGUCCUUGGAUGCGGAUAUUGUUUAUUUCGAAACGUAUUUAUCAAAUCGCCAUCCACUUUUAACAUUAGGGGAUAUGUGCAUGUUUUUACCGUGCACUUUUCACAUUGAUCCGGCAAUUAGGAAAUCUAUGGCAGAAUACCUGCAAACUGUCAAAACUGGAAGUGUGACAAAGGCACAAAUAGCUGGCUCAGUUGCAGAGAGUGUCACACAACAUGUUACUUCUCCAUCGAGCAGCCGAUUUAUGUGGAGAAGCGUCGGCGAAGAUGCAAUUUUAAGUCAGAUGUCUUCUGAUGACGUCAUCAAGCAGAUUGCAGAAAUCGACGGCAUUAACUGCGAAAGUAUAGCCCUAUACCAGAUGCAAUUGAAGGACCACAAUAUCAACGGAAAGGUGCUAGCAGCUUGUGAUUUGAACGAGUUGAGGGAUGCGAUGCAAAUGGCUUUUGGUGAUUGGCAAUUGUUCAAAGCGUGGAUCUUGCAGGCCAGGACCCGGGAGCAAUCUGUUUCUCCGAGAGUUACCAUGCCACCGUUGUCAUUUCAAUCCCAUUCAAGAGCUGAUUCGACUGUCGAAGAAAGCCGGACUGACUCUACCUCAGAAAUUCCAAAUUCACCAGGAACAAGUAGAGGUUGUAGAGGAGUUUCAAGUGGCUCUGAGCAUGCGGCGGGAAUGCCCCCCGAUUAUGAUGAGACGAACAUCGAUGCAAAGAGACCCUCAAAGGGUCCAUACGGGUCGCACACUGUCAGGCAGGUUUUGUCGCGCAAUCAGAAUACGCCUAGCAGACAAAUCAAGCAAGACAGUAUAGACUCAGAGAAAUCUGGUAAAUUCGUGAAAGGAACCAUUGGCCUAGAUGAUCUUAUGGACGGCAGAAAACCCGAAAAUUUUAAUUCUCAUAUUCGGUACUUGAACCAUUUGCAAAGAUCAGCUGAUUCAGGGUUUGCGAGUACGGAAGUCGAAGCACAGCAACAGGCUCGUCUGAAGCCUUUGAUGAGGCAAACUAGUGUACAGGAAAACAAGGAGUACGAAAUUGAGAUGGCGGAACUCUGCAGCUCAAAGACAGCAGCAAAAGUGAAUUGAAUUACAGAGAUUUCAACGAGGAGAACGCUUCUUCUCACGUGCGAAAAACAUACAGAGAAGAUAUGAUGUUUAGGGAUCCGAUUCCAGAGAUCAAGGUGCAGUCCAAUUUUAGUCCUAAGGAAAGUGAGCAAGAUGGUUUUUUACUCGAAGCUGUCAGUGCACCAGAGGAUUUUAGGGACCAGCUUACGGAAGUUGUGACAACCAUUGCCCAAAAGCAUUGGGAGCAACAAGCUAAGUCAAAAGUAUUUGCUAAGCAAGGCAAUCAAAGGAGCGAUAACCCCAGGGAUGGCAAUGAAUUGUUGCAAAGUAUCAAAAUGGACCUUUCUUCAGCAACUCAUAAGAACCAACACAGUCCUGGCUAUCCUUCCCCUCUCGCACAACUAAGGAAAAGGGAGGCUCAGAAAGGAAAGACGUCAAAGACAGGAGAAAGAAUGAGUACAGACUCUUUUUCUGAUAUUCCAUUGCCCCCUGCAUCUAUGCUUAGCGAAAAACAAGCCAGCCAGUACUCAACACCCUCACCCCCAUUACCUACACCUCCCCCUGAAAUGCUAACAGAUACUGAAGAUACGUUUUCUUUUUCCUCGUUCGGUAAUGUUCAACCCGAGGAUCCUUAUGAAUCUAAAGCAAGAACAUUUACUACGCAAAGUGGUGACACGAGUGCGGUACGAACCCGGAGUGAAAUACCGGAGAGUGACGAAGUACCGAUAGGACACGGAGCGAAACCGCGUAAACCGCAAAUCUCAAGGAUACCAGCAGUGACAGCUUCAAAUUCACCCGUGAAACAUUCAAAUCCAGGGAGUGUUCAAACCAAUAUCGAAACCUCAAUGCAAAGCAGAUCAGUAAAAGUAAAACCCCCGGCUGUUAGUAAAAGACCCCCAAACGAACUUUAUUCAGAGCAGCCAAAUACGAAAGGUAUUCAAGGGGCGAAGGAACACAGAACACACCCAUAUUCUCAAUACUGAUCGGGGGAAAAAUACAAUCGUUUUAUAAACACCACAAGUUUAUAUGGCGCUUAUCCGAAUCUACAAUAUAAUCGAUUGAAUUCGAAAAGCAUUGCGGAAUAUCCAUUCAGUUUUUGGAGGGAAUCUCUUCGCUGAAGCUACAGUGUUCAUGCUCUUGAACUGAAUUGCACAUUGAUUUCAAAUCCUCAAUGGACGUUUUAAGGCUGUAAAAGGUCUUUCUAAUCUCGAAUAUUAAGAAUUUGCAUAGAAAUUCUUCUUCAUUAUGGAGACUUUGCAUGUCUUUGCUUGACAAUCAGACAAGGCUUUGCCAUGUUAUUCUAACUUAUUUCAGUUAAGCAGCACAAAUCGAUGUUCAAAGAUGCAAUUUCCAGAAAUAUUUUGAAAAUUUAGAAUUCAAAUGCUAUACCAAUUUAUAUACUUUUAA